AUGUUCCCGCAUAUAAGUCAAAUUUCCAGAUCAAAAGAACAAAACUCCCUCGUCCAAGAAGCAGGUAUAGCGAUACACAACACCAACAAAGACACCGAGGAUAAUGUCACGUGCUUCGUAGAAGAAAAGCUUGGUUCAAAAUUUGUUGAAUCCAGAUCUCCACCUUUUCAUAAAUCCUUUGAAGAAACCAGUUCAAUCACGCCUAGAUUUUUCAUUCUCUCUCCUGGCGUUGAUCCGUUGAAGGACGUCGAAAAACUGGGAAUCUAAUUGGGUUUCACUUUUGGAGGGAGAAAUUUCCAUAAUGUGUCACUGGGUCAAGGUCAAGAACCCAUAGCGGAAGAAGCCAUAGAACUUUCCGCGAACGAAGGCCACUGGGUAAUUUUGCAAAAUGUCCAUUUAGUGAGGAAAUGGUUGCCUACAUUGGAAAAAAAGAUGGAACAGUGCUCGGAGAAUCUACAUGAUGAUUAUCGUUUGUUCAUUAGUGCGGAACCCAGUCCUGAUCCUCAUGAAUCAAUAAUACCUCAGGGUAUACUAGAAUCAGCCAUAAAGAUUACGAACGAACCACCAUCUGGAAUUCAAGCGAAUAUUCACAAAGCGUUGGAUAACUUUACCCAGGAAACUUUGGAGUCCUGCAGCAAGGAAACCGAAUUCAAAGCAAUAUUAUUUGCACUUUGUUAUUACCACGCUGUACUUGCAGAACGUAGAAAAUUUGGGGCGCAAGGAUGGAAUAGGUCCUACCCAUUCAACUUCGGUGAUCUAACAAUCAGCGUAUCUGUAUUAUUUAAUUACCUGGAAAAUAGUAUCAAAGUACCUUGGGAGGAUCUUCGUUACUUAUUUGGAAAAAUAAUGUAUGGAGGUCACAUAACAGAUGAUUGGGAUAGAAGACUAUGCAAGACAUAUUUAGUAGAAUAUUUGAAAACGGAAUUAGUCGAAGGUGAAUUAUACCUUGCACCAGAUUUUUUGGUACCACCAAAUAGUGAUUAUGAUGCAUAUCAUCAGUACGUCGAUAACUACUUACCUGCUGAAAGUCCUGUUCUGUAUGGACUUCAUCCCAAUGCAGAAAUUGGGUUUUUAACACAAACUGUGGAAAAUCUGUUUAAAACGUUAUUGGGUAUACUAACAAGAACUGCCAGCGAUACAACAAGCGGAGAUAUUUCAAAAGAAGACAAAAUAAAAGGACAAAUAGAAGACUUAUUGGACAAACUACCAGAAGAAUUCAAUAUGCUAGAACUUUACAGCAAGGUGGAAGAUCGUACACCAUUUGUCACAGUUGCUUUACAAGAAUGCGAACGCAUGAAUCUACUGUGUGAAGAACUUAGAAGGUCCCUGCAAGAAUUAGAGUUAGGCUUAAAAGGAGAAUUAACUAUUAAUGCUGAGAUGGAAGAUCUACAAAAUUAUAUAAUGAUGGAUGCUGUUCCGCCGUCUUGGACAAAAAGAGCUUGCCCUUCAGAAUUAGGAUUAAACAGUUGGUUCACGGAUAUGUUGUAUCGAAUAAAUGAAUUAUCUAAUUGGACUGCUGAUUUUAACUUACCAUCGUCGGUAUGGCUAGGUGGUUUUUUCAAUCCUCAAUCAUUUCUAACUGCAAUUAUGCAACAAACCGCACGCAAAAAUGAAUGGCCAUUGGACAAAAUGUGUUUAUAUUGCGAAGUACUGAGAAAAACCAAAGAAGAAAUCACAUCGGCACCAAGAGAAGGCGCGUAUAUAAACGGAUUGUACAUGGAAGGUGCACGAUGGGACGUUCAAACAGGAUGUAUCAUGGACUCUAGAUUUAAAGAAUUGUUUCCAUUAUUGCCAAUUAUGUAUAUUAGGGCGAUUACACAGGACAAACAAGAUUUAAAGAAUAUGUAUGAAUGUCCUGUGUAUAAAACACGAUCGCGAGGUCCUACUUACGUGUGGACGUUCAAUUUAAGAACUAAGGAGAGAGCUAGUAAGUGGAUUCUUGGUGGAGUGGCAAUUCUAUUACAAAUCUAAUUUUAUAAAUUAAAUUAUGGACUAAAUAUGCAAUUAAAAUAAAGAUUUUCGAAAUUGUCAAA